AUUGAAGAAAUAGAGAGUAAUAUGAAAAAAUUUGAUAUAGGAUUGUUGGAAAUUUAUAAAGAAUUAAAAUUAUCAGAUCGUAGAUUUAAAGAAGUUACAAAGUAUGAACUGAACAUUUGUAAAGAAGAAAUAAUUUUUGACGUGGAGGAAAUUGGUCUAUUGCUUUCUAUUGUUCCAUAUGUUCUAGAAACAUUAGAAAUAUCGCAAGAGAAUUAUAUCAGAGAGUUCCAUUACAUUCUUGAGAAAACCCUAAACUUCUUCAACAUUUUCAUAUCCCUUAUUAAUGAACACAACGUUAACAUAAUCGAUAUCGACAAAAAGGAGAUUAACUUAUUUUUAAAAGUAAAGGAUUCUUUCGAUUUUAUAAGAUCAAACGAAGAAAAUCUAUUCUCUUUACAUGAUGAAAUUGUGUUAAAAAAUAAAUACGGACAAAUAUUAAUAAAGGAUUUAUUUCUUUUAUUUAAAAAAAUAUUUUUUAUAGAAAUAGAUGAGAAUUUAAUAUACUUUAAUUAUAUAGAUAUUAUUCCUAUAUAUAUAAAAACAAAAAAUGGAUUGUUAAAAUCAAGAUAUUAUAAUAUGGAAAAUUAUUUUUAUGCCUUAAUAGAGAAUAAAUAUAAACAGAAUUUACAAAUUAAUGAAGGCAUUAUUUUAAUAAAAAUAUUAAAACAAUAUAAAAUACAUUCAGAUACAAAACUAGCUUAUUAUUUCGAUUCAGAUAUUAUAUAUAAAACUAUAUUACAUCAAAUAUAUAAACAAACAUCUCAUAUAUCUAAUAUAAAUUUUGAUUUCUUAUAUUCUCAAAAUAUAGAUAGUACAAACAAUUUAUUAACAGAAAAUGAUGUAUCCCUAAGUCUUAUCAUUUUAAUUAAUUCAGAUGUAGAUACAGAUCAAUUGACGGAACAAUUUUAUAGAUUCUCCUUUCCAAAAGAUAUCAUUAGAGGUAAUGAAGACAUAAAUAAACAAAGAAUAAAAAUUAUGGGUUCCUGUGUAUAUACUAAAGAAUCACAACCACCCAUUUUUAAUGGAUUCUUUUCUCUAGGACUUAGUACAUAUAAUCUAUUUAAAAUUGUAGAAUUAUUAAAGCCAAAUAAAAAGCUCUUAUAUUUAUCUAUAGAAAAGGCAGAUGAUAAUAAUCAAAUUAGAGCUCAAGCAAUUGCCGAGAGGAUAGUGAUGAAUUCCAAGGAAUUGUUCGAGACGGUUUUGUUAUUUGAGCGAGAUGAUAUAAUUAAAUAUGACAAAUUUGAUUACAUUGACAAAUGCGAUGUGUGCCUUGUGGGAUACAAAGGACUCUAUACAUUAUAUUUUUGUAUAUUCAUACCAGUACUUGUUAGUUUACUUAUUUGUUAUUUUUUAUAUAAGCGCAAAAUAAAAAAUAAACAGAAUAUGGUCGAUAUGAAAAAUAAAAAUUUUAUUAACGAUCUUAAGUCAAUUGAACCGAGUAUAAUUCCCCUAAAGUAA